AUGUUUGUGUUGCACAUUGUUAUGGAGGAGUUCAUAGGACUGGAGAAGAAAUAUUACAGAUCACCAAUGCACUAUGCAGGGCCUGGUGUUUGCCACAAGUAAAGCUUAAAUGCCCCUUUUUUGGAAGAAAGGUCACUGUUGAAUAUGCUAAUCUAUCUAAGCAAGCAAAGCUAAAAAGAGUCGGAACUUUGCACCAAAUGCCAAAAUCUUACCUAAUUAAGAGUUUAACCUUGUGUGCACGUCUGUCUCUUCCAUAAACCAAAACCUAAAAACACCAAUUACAGCACUCUAAAUCCUCGGAUUAACAUCAUAAUCGCCAAAUAUUAUAUACCGAGUUGACUCAUUCGAUGGAAGCGUACAUAAAACAAAGAAUACCACAAAAAGUUGGGGGUUUGGGGAAGAAGGGAUAGAUGAUGAAUAACUUGUUUUCACAGAGGACUUACGUCGAUCUUAUGCAGAAUUGUGAUCUUCCUCCGCCUCAGAAAGUCUUUGCCGGAGCUGAAAAAUCUGUGAUCAACUGCACCACCAACACUCCACAUUAUCACAGUAUUAAGAAUUGUGGUGGAGAAGAUGAAUUCUCAAUCCCAAAAGAAGUGUCUGAAAUCGAAAAGAUGAAUUUAUUGAGAGCUUUGCAAUUAUCGCAGACGCGAGCGAGAGAAGCAGAGAAGAAAGCCAAAGUUGUAACCCAGGAGAGGGACAAUCUUGCUAAUUCAUUUCUUAGAGAAUCCCUGAGAAUGUUUGCUUACAAACAAUGGGUAAAACUGCUUGAAUUUGAAGUUUCUCAAUUGCAAUCACAGAAUGAAAAUGAACACAAAUUGCCUCGGUGCAGUUGCGAAACCGAUUCGUCUUCAUCAUCAGAGGAAGAGGAAGUAGUAGGAAAUGAAGAAGAAGAAGGUGUAGUAGGAAAUGUGACAUGGUACAUGGCGUUAGCUUUAUGUUUUGGAUUUGCUGGUGUAGGAUUUGUUUUUGGGUGCAGAUACUACUACUACUACUACAUUAUUUGAGAGAUUUCUUCUUCUUUUCCAUGACUUUUUGAGAAUGAAUAAGCUAAAGCUGAUGAAAUGUAAUAAGUUCCCAACUCCAAUACAAAUGCGACUUGUUUUCACCAA